UCUGAGUGAAAUAUAAUACAAGACCUAGUUUUGGUAUUUAAAAAGUUCAAGGAUAAAAAAGUGAUUAAAGAAAAAAUGUCUAUUAAAAUCAACAUACUAGGACUUACUUUAUUAAUAGUAAUUUUCUUAACUUGUGUAUUUGGUGAGAACACUGGAGAAAUAGUUAAAAAUAAUGGAACACAACAGUUAACGGAAACAGGACGAAGACAUCAUGGAUUUGGACUUCAUAAAUUGUGGGGAGUAUAUGGACUGCAUGCCUUAGGAGUAUUAUAUUGGCUUAAAGUGAAAGCUAUUGUGGUGGCAUUUAUUGUUGGAACAGCAAUAGUUUGGGGAUUCAAGUGGUAUAAAGGGGGACAUGGUUGUUCAGAUAUAAUCCAUGAUUCACCAUUAAUAUCCUAUGACCAUGGUCCAGCAUGGUCAAGUGGCCCUCAUGACCAUAUUCCCUACUCGCUGGAUCAUAAUCCUUUUGAACAUGAUGACCAUCAUCAUGGACAUGAACACUUCACAUCCUCUGACAUUGUCAGUGAUAGUUUUCCAGCGUCGGAUAAUGGACCCUACAGUUCAUAUUCUGGAGCCUACUCCGACGUCCCACCAGUACCAACUGCACCAUCAUCAUCAGGUGGAACUGGUGAGCAUAGCAGGCAUCGAAGACAACUUGAUACAGAAGAGCAAGUAAGUGAUAUAGUCUUUGCAUUUCUGGGAAUCACCAACAAUGGCUGUCGUCGUCGAUUUAUUUGUGAAAUGGAAUUCCGUUCUAAGGCGAAUCCAUUCACUCGAAUUGCAUUUGGUAUUAUGGGACGUGGACUAUUCUCAAGAUAUAUGAAUAAAUUGAAUGUCAAUGGACGAGCUGCGUCUUUUCGACAAUGUGCUGAUGUCAAUCCAGAUUGUGUUUUGAUGGAAGAGGAUAUAAUUGACGAUGAAGAAAAUCAAGUGUCAUCACAUCAGGAAGAUGGAUCAGAAGGACGAAGUUUAAUAAAAGGACAACAUGACAGCGAAAAAAAUUUAAAAACAGAACAAAGUUCAAAGUCAGAAUCUAGAGAUCCCAUUGUGCAUGGGAUUUUCUCCAGAGUUCAAUCAACUAACUAGAAAAAUUAUCGGUCAUCAUAAUUAUCACAACUUUCGUUUUUCAAUAUCGUAACUAGGUAUUUUGUAUAUGCUGCAUAUACUCGUAUUGUAGGUACACUUUCACUCUUUAUUUUUUUUAUUUGUUGAAGAAUGUAAGAUAAUUUGUAAACCACGAUUAGGAAACAAGAUUUAAAAUGAUGGUAAACAAAAUGUGGAGGCUGUAAGUCUUUAUAGAAAUUAAUUUACCUUUCACAACAUGUAUAGUAGAAUUUAUUUAUUUUAUAUUAUUUAUUUUACUGUAAGUA